GAGCCGGAAGUGCGGCCUGGCCCCGUUGCCGUGGCGACCCCGCGCGGGCUGCGUAUCCAUAGCGACGGGGCCGCCAUGGGUCAGGACUACUACGCCGUGCUGGAGCUAGGCCGCGGGGCUACGGACGCCGACAUCAAGAAGGCGUACCGGCUGCUGGCCUUGGAGUACCACCCGCAGAAAUGCAAGAAGCCGUGGGCGCAGGAGCGCUUCCGGCAGCUGGCGGAGGCCUACGACGUCCUGAGCGACCCUGUGAGGAGAGGCAUCUACGACAGGUUUGGUGAAGAAGGUCUCAAAGGCGGCAUCCCUGUGGAGUCUGGGGGUGAGGACGCCUGGACCGCCGGGUACGUGUUCCACAACAACCCUGACAAAGUCUUCAAGGAGUUCUUUGGAGGACACAACCCCUUUGCAGAGUUCUUCACCAAGGAUGGCUUGGAGGUGACCCUGCCCUUUGGAGGGCUGCGAGGACGAGGCGUGAUAAAGCAGGACCCCCCGAUGGUGUGGGACCUCCACGUCUCCCUUGAAGACCUCUUCUUCGGCUGCACCAAGAAGAUGAAGAUCUCCCGCCGGGUGAUGAACGAAGACGGCCAAACGAGCACCAUCAGGGACAAGAUCCUGAUCAUCGACGUGCAGCCCGGGUGGAAGCAAGGCACCAGGAUCACGUUCGAAAAGGAAGGAGACCAGGGUCCAAACAUCAUUCCAGGCGACAUCACCUUCGUUGUCCAAGAGAAACCUCACCCGAGGUUCAAAAGAACCAACGACGACCUCGUUUACGUGGCCGAUAUCCCCCUGGGAAUGGCGCUGGUCGGCUGCACGGUGGACGUGAGGACGCUGGACGGGCGGCUGCUGAACAUCCCCAUCAACGACAUCGUGCACCCCACGUACUGCAAAGUGGUGCCGGGGGAGGGGAUGCCGCUGCUCGAAGACCCGCGGCGCAGGGGUGACCUCCUCAUCCGCUUCAACGUCUGCUUCCCCAAGCGCCUCACGCCCGACAAGAAGCUGCUGCUGAGGAGAGCGCUGCUGUCCUAGGAGCUGCCAGCCCCCUGCUUUCCUCCCAGUAAGGCUGUCGGCGCUGGGAGUAAGGUAAAAAUGGGGGAUUUCCCCUGGUGCCAGGACCCUGUCCACCCACACAUUGCUCCCAGCAGCCUGGCUCCGCUCCCCUCGUGUUCUGGGGCACCAAUUGCUGCCCUCCUCGCUUCGUUCUGCACUGCAGCAUUCCCAAGGGGCUGAUCCUCUUUGGCAAGACCAGAAUCAUUCAGGAAAAGACCCCGAGGAUUGCAACCCAACUGCACCUCCGGGCCAGGAGAAAAACCCUACCCUCCCCCAUAAUAAAAAUAAAGCAAAGGAGCCCCAA